AUGGCGAGGGUCGGGGGGAAGCGGCAUUGGUGGAAGAGGGACGGCGGCGAUUACCGUUUGACCUCACUUCGAGUCAAAACAAAGGUCCUGAAGGACAUGGAGGGCAGCGGCAGCUGCAGCAGCCUCCGGAUGUUUCGGCUGCUGCAGGGCGACGUGGGGUCGGGGAAGACCGCGGUGGCCUUCCUGGCGAUGCUCAGGGCCGCCGGACAGGGGUCGCAGUCGUGCAUGCUCGCCCCGACCGAGGUGCUCACGGUGCAACACCUACAGACUCUGAGGUCGAUGGCCGAGGGCAUCGAGCGGCCGGAUGGAAAGGGGAACCUGAGGGUGGAGCUGCUGACGGGCAGCAUUAAGGGGAAGGCGAGGCAGCAGCUGCUGAACGACGUCAAGAGUGGGGAGGUGGACAUUCUGGUGGCGACUCACGCGGUGCUGACGAGCGCGUCUACGGCUUUCCGAGAUCUCGGCCUGGCCGUAGUGGACGAGGAGCAGCGGUUCGGGGUGGAGCAGAGGGACAAGUUGACUGGCUUUGCGCAGCACGUGCUCUAUCUCUCGGCUACCCCCAUCCCGAGGAGCUUAACGUUGGCCCUCUUUGGCGACAUGGAGAUCAGCCAGAUCCGAGAGAUGCCGCGAGGCACCGCGAACAUCGAGACGACCCUCAUCCCUGUGGCCAAGGCGAAGGAAGUCAUGGACAGGCUCAAGGGUCGGGAAGACACCGAUGACAAGUCUGAGUCUAGCACUAGACAGCACCUCGCUUCGGCCACCGAGCGGUACGAUGCGCUCGUGAAGGAGCUCGGAGAGGAUAGGGUGACCCUCCUCCACGGCAAGAUGACCUCGGCCGAGAAGAACAAACGCCUCUCCGAGUUCUCCGGCGGGGAGAAGGGCAAGGGGCUCCGCGUGUUGGUGUCGACCAGCAUCAUCGAGGUCGGCGUCGACGUCCCCCGGGCAGGGGUGUGCGUGGUCGAAAACGCCGAGAUGUUCGGUCUCAGCCAGCUGCACCAGCUCCGCGGCAGGCUCGGAAGGACCGACCGGGGGAAGCGGGAGCGAUCAACGACAGCACCGACGGGAUCUUUGCAGCAGCCUGCUUCCCCCGAGGAGGACCCGUCGCAGGACAAGAGGCAAACCUCCCACUGCAUCCUGCUGUACGGGCCAGACGUAGGCAACGAUGCCACGGAGAGGCUCAAGGCCGUCCGAAAGACUCGCGAUGGGUUUCUGUUGGCGGAGAGGGAUCUGGCCCUCAGGGGCCCCGGGGAGGUGCUCGGGAUGCGGCAGAAGGGGUACAUCGAGGGAAAGUUCAAGGUGGCCGACCUCGCCCGACAGGGGUCCCUCGCCGAGCACGCCAGCAAGCGCGCCCGCCGUCUCGUAGAGAGCUGGACGCCUCGAGGCGCCGCCGCCGCCGCCGCCGCCGAUGCCGAGGAAGCCGCCGCUUCGGGGGCUCCGCGAGUGGGGGGCACCGUGGCUUUGAAAGAGGGGGGUGCCGGUGCUGACUAUGAUGAGGAGAGAGGCCGGCCGGAGAGCCUCGGGCUGCUGCUGGUGCUCUGCGGGCUGGGCGCCGAUGCGAAGGCUCUGCUGAGCGGCUUCGCGUCCAGAACGCCCCCUCCAGGCGGGGCGGACGGCGACGCCGCCGGCGUGGCGGCAGGCGGGGACGCGGACCGGGCAGGAGCGGCGGCGAGAGAGCGCGAGGCAAAGGAACACGCCCCCCAACGAGCGACGGAACUUCCACAGUCGUUCCCGGUUGCGGCAGCAACACCUGAUGAUGUGGAAAGCCUCAACACCAGCACCCCCGCUGCUGACGCCCCCCCCGCGUCGUCCUCCUCCGCCCCCGACUUCGCAGCCAGAGCGGAGGCGGAGGCGACGGCGGCGGUGGGGGUGUCGGGCUCGCGGAUGACUGCGGGCCCGGGCAGCAGUGGCAAAGAACCGGGGCCGGAGCUCGCGGUGCCCGCGGCGGUGUACUUCGACGACGAGGCGGACUUCUUGGAGAAGUCGGCCUCGGAGUACGCGGAGAUGAUGGAGGGCCAGGACGAGGAAGAUGAGUAUCUCUCGGGGUUCUCUUUCGCGCCCCCGCCCCCGCCGCCGCCGCCGCGUUUGCAGCCGGCAGGGCGGCAGCAGCAGCAGCACGAGAGAAGGUCUUCAGGAGAGGUGGCGCCGACGGGGCCUCCGGUGGGAGCUGACGGAGGUGCAUCGAGGGGGGAGGGCGUGGCGAUUAUCCGCCGGGCGGACUUGUCGGAGGGGACGCACACGGUAGUCGUGGUCGAUGUCGAGACGACGGGGCUCCGGGCUAAGGAAGACCGGGUCAUUCAGCUCGCGGCGAAGGUCUUGGGCAGCGAGAAUCCUAGGCACUCGUUCGCGGAGUUCGUCGACCCGGGGGCAGUGGGGGUGCCUCCCAGAGUCCGAGAGAUUACGGGGAUCACGCCGGAGAUCCUGGCCGCCAACGGCGCGCGCCCGUUCCCCCAAGUGUGGCCGGAGUUCGCGGCGUGGCUGUCGGGGGUCGUGGCCGAAGAGCAAGCGGAGGGCAGGGGCGAGGGCGGCGUCGUCUUCGUUGCCCACAACGCCCAGUUCGACCACAAGUUCCUCAAGGAAGAGGUGUCGCGAUGCGGCUUCAGCAGGUUCAUGAUGGGCCAGGACAUGGGAGUCGUGUGCAUCGUUGACUCCCUGAGGUGCUUGAAGGAGAGCAGCUUGUGGAGACAAAAAGCCUCUGACUUUCACAUGCCGACGAGGCCCAAGAAUUUCAAGCUCGGGGGGGUGUUCGAGCACCUGUACGGCUACGAAAUGCCAGACGCGCACAACGCGAUGGGCGACGUCGUUGGACUGGAACGCAUCCUGUCGGCGCCGGGCAUCAAUGAGGGGUGGCGAGGCGUGGCUAGCAGCCACCCCUCCUGCCAGAUACCCGUUCCGCGUUCCUUGGCGGAACUGCAGGCUGCGACGAACAUCGCCGCCCGCACGAGGAAACCCCCAGCAAGAAGAACCAAGGCAGACGGAUGGCGGUACUACAACAACCGACGGACCGGGCGAUGA